AUGGCGGACAACAAGGAGGCCCUCAGGGCGCUCAAGAUCAAGACCGGUGUCAUGACCCGCGUCAGGAAGGAGCUCGCCAUGUACGAGCAGGAGGUGAAGACGGAGACGGAGAAGCUCGAAGCCAUGAAGGCCGAAGGCAGGGACCCGCACGACGUCAAGCAGCAGGACCAGGUGCUCGGGGAGUCGACCAUGAUGAUAGGAGACUGCAAAUCGAGGAUGGAGAGCGCGUUCAACGACCUCCUCGCGGCGGUGGAGGAACACGGCCCGGACUGCGAGGGCAGCGAGGAACUCACCGCGGCGAAGGCCAUCCUGGACGAGGUCGAGCCCACGCUCGAGGUGUGA